CGUACAACUUUUCUGUCUACUCGUAGGUUUAUUUUUAUUUAUAUAGAAAAGGAGGUAAUAGAAGUCUUAGACGCAGCUUAAUUGGCGGUAGGGCUAGAAGCAACAGGCGCGAAGCUUCAAUCCGAUUGUGGGUUUUCUUAGCACAACAAAAGCAUGAGGCAUUCGGUAAAUCGUCCACCAACACCUGAUACACGGGAUGAUCAAGAAAAGGAGCCUACCCUUAAUGAAAUUAUCAACAUUAAGUUGAUUGAGAGUGGGGAAAAGGAACGGUUGAAGGAGCUUUUGAGGGAAAGGCUUGUGGAAUCUGGGUGGAAGGAUGAAAUGAAAGCUCUUUGUAGGGAAUAUGUAAAGAAGAAAGGACGGAACAAUGUAACCGUCGACGACCUUGUACAUGUGAUUACCCCGAAAGGCAGAGCUUCAAUUCCUGAUUCCAUCAAAGCUGAGCUGCUACAGAGAAUUCGUACAUUUCUUGUUUCAGCCACUCUUUGAUUUAACAGCUUCAUAUGCAUGAAGAAGGUAUCAGUAAAGGUGAAAAUGUGGUGUUAUGUUUUGACUCAUUCAUCUUGGGGGCGCCCCUGGUCUAGAUUAUGACAACGAUGGAGGAACUAGGAGCCAUAUGAGAAGAUGUGUCGCUGGCAGUUUGAUUGUCCCAAGUUCCAUUGAACUGAAUAAAUUGGUAUUUGGUGGUACUCUUCGUUGAGGGGCCAGAUUCAGAGUUCAACCACUGCAUCGCCCCUCACCUUUUAGUGUCAAAAUUCUCUGUUUUCUGACUGUUGCUGGUCUUUAAGAGUAGUUUGUAUUGCAUUACCUGCGCAUCACAAUCCCCCCAUCUUUAUUUCACCUUUUUAUUAUUGUAUACUGGGGGUUGGUAAGAGCCAGUUGGAUGUGUGUUUUCUCUGCUUUGUUUUAAUUCUUACACGCAUAAAUAUUUGGGUUCUCCAUUUUAGUUUGCCUA